CUCCCCCAGGACCGUCCCCUGCUGCGCGCCCGAGCGGCUCCAUGUAUCCGGAAUCCACGACGGGCUCCCCGGCUCGGCUCUCGCUGCGGCAGACCGGCUCGCCCGGCAUGAUCUACAGCACUCGCUAUGGGAGCCCCAAAAGACAGCUGCAGUUCUACAGGACCCUUCGGCACUUCCCGGGUGGACGCGGCGGCCGGCGGGCCAGGCUGGACCAUGCUGUCCAUGACGUACAGCGAGAGCCUGCGGAGUGUGAGCAGCCGGUGCCACUCGGACUGGGCGCUGCCCGCCAUGCGCCAGGCUGGCACGCUGGAGCUGCAGCGGCUGCGGGAUGUGCGGGCGGCCGCCCGGGCCAGGAACAUGGAGAGUUUCCUGCGCACGCACGGCCUCUCCCUGGACGGCUGCACCGCCCAGCAGACGGGCAUGAAGUACCGGAACCUGGGGAAGUCGGGCCUGCGGGUCUCCUGCCUGGGGCUCGGAACAUGGGUCACCUUUGGAGGCCAGAUCACCGACGAGAUGGCGGAACAGCUGAUGACCUUAGCCUACGACAACGGCAUCAACCUCUUCGACACGGCGGAAGUGUACGCGGCGGGCAAGGCUGAAGUGGUGCUCGGCAACAUCAUCAAGAAGAAGGGCUGGAGGCGGUCCAGCCUGGUCAUCACCACCAAGAUCUUCUGGGGAGGAAAAGCAGAGACUGAGAGGGGCCUCUCCAGGAAGCACGUCAUUGAAGGCCUGAGGGCGUCACUGGAGCGGCUGCAGCUGGAGUACGUGGACGUGGUCUUUGCCAACCGCCCGGACCCCAACACACCCAUGGAAGAGACGGUACGAGCCAUGACCCACGUCAUCAACCAGGGGAUGGCCAUGUACUGGGGCACGUCACGCUGGAGUUCCAUGGAGAUCAUGGAGGCUUACUCCGUGGCCCGGCAGUUCAACCUGAUCCCGCCCAUCUGCGAGCAGGCCGAGUACCACAUGUUUCAGCGGGAGAAGGUGGAGGUGCAGCUGCCCGAGCUCUUCCACAAGAUAGGGGUCGGCGCCAUGACCUGGUCCCCUCUGGCCUGCGGCAUCGUCUCGGGGAAAUACGACAGUGGCAUCCCGCCCUACUCGAGAGCCUCCUUGAAGGGCUACCAGUGGCUGAAGGACAAGAUCCUGAGUGAGGAGGGCCGGCGCCAGCAGGCCAAGCUGAAGGAACUGCAGGCCAUCUCCGAGCGGCUGGGCUGCACCCUGCCCCAGCUGGCCAUAGCCUGGUGCCUGAGGAACGAAGGCGUCAGCUCCGUGCUCCUGGGCGCCUCCAGUGCAGACCAGCUGAUGGAGAAUAUCGGGGCCAUCCAGGUCCUCCCCAAACUGUCGUCCUCCAUCAUCCACGAGAUCGACAGCAUCCUGGGCAAUAAACCCUACAGCAAAAAGGACUACCGGUCGUGAGCGGCCCGUGCCGGCUGGACGCUGUGCCCCCCCCCCAGUCUCUGUCCGCUUCCAGCUGUUUUGAGGCCAAGUCAGGCACGUGGCUGGCGCCCACGAGCAAACUAGCACCGAGGGCCGGGAAACUGCCCUCUGCCAGCCCCCGUCGCUGCUUCUCUGGGCCGAGGUGGGGGGCGGCCCUGAGCCCCGCAUCCCCGCCAGCGCCUCUGCCCCGCCUCCAGCGCACCGCGGACCCCCCAGCACAGCCCC